AUGAGAUCAAUAGAUGGAAACCUGUUGCUUUCCAAAUGGGUUUUCAUUUUGGCUCUGUUCUCUGACACUGUUAAGCUGGAAUUGAGAACUGAGCAUGAAGAAAGGAACCCAAAGCACAGGACAAAUCUGGCUGUUCUUGGAACACAGCCACCUCUGAGAUAUUUUGACUUUUCCCUGAAGACCAUUAAUGAAACAAAUGGCUUUUCAGAGCUGCAAUCUCAUGUACCUUUUAUUGGCCUUACAGACAGCAAGAAGUUAAAUAGACACUGCUGCAAAAAUGGAGGAACCUGUAUCCUAGGCAGUUUUUGUGCAUGUCCAAAAUAUUUCACUGGGCGAUACUGUGACUUUGAUGAACGGAAAAGAGACUGUGGUGCUGUUCUCCAUGGAAACUGGCUACAGAAAGAUUGUUCCCUAUGCAAAUGUGUUUAUGGGACUUUGCAUUGUAUCCCACAAAUGUUUCAAGAUGGUUGUGAUGAAGACAAAUAUGAAGAGGAGAUUCUCCGAAUACUUUCCAUGAGUUCUAAACUGCAGCCAACAGGACAUAUCUGGCUUUUUACACUGUUUACAUUCCAUGUUAUAGUAUGAAAGCAGAAUAGAAAACUUCUGUUUUGUCUUUGUGCUUGUAAUCAAGAUUUUAUUUUUAAUUUAUCUUCAGACUUUUUUUUCCCAUGGGAAAAGUCCUGUAGAAUUGUAAUAGUACUGUUUGGUUUUUUAUCAGCUCUUUUAACAGUCCCAUAGAACUCAAGGGAGACUUCCGCUGUAGGGAUCUACAGGAUG